GUCGAGUGUCGACGAGCGAGCAGCACAACGAGCAACCGGCGUCGGCUGUCGAUCAGUGUGAUUCAGGCUGUGGUGGAUGAAAGUACGGUCCCAAAAAUAUACUUUCGUUAAACGGUCGUGCGCUUCCGAGAGUAAACAUUUAUUAUUUUAUCGCCGAUGAAAUAUUUCAUCUACUACGAAAGUAUAUUCCAGAAAAAAUACGAUCACGUAUAAUAAUAUUUAAUAAUAAAAAUAACUAUAAUGAUAAUAAUGAUCGUGAUACGAUGUGCUUGAGAAGCAUUCGGAGAGGCAUAAGGAACUCGUAAAAUAUAAUAUUCGAAAUAUCCUCAAGGAUAUAUUUACUUAUCAUUGGUGGCGAAAUUCGUUUUGUUUUCGUUUUGUGACACUGUGAACGUGAAAGUACGUAGUAAUUCGCCGGUCUCUGUGCUCUCUCGAAGAAAAACACUUGGGAACUACAUCGUGUUAUGAAAAUAUUUCUUCUGUGUAAGAAAGAGGAAAAAUCGUCGAAAAGACCGUGGCCGAUAAAGGUGUAAUCGUUGGCCGAAACAGCCGGUGGACUUUUGAGCCCGGAAGCAGCCUCAAGAUGAGUAAUACUCACGAAAACGUCUACAAUCGUGGUACAAGUCCUUUCGGGGAUUUCAACAUGCAUCGGCGCGAUCCAACCGCCAAUUUCAACAUAUGCCUAGCCCAUCCAGCUAACAACCGCGCAAGCGUUUUAUCACCGUGGGAGAGAAUGAAUUCGGGGUAUUCGAGUGCCAGUCCACCUGGCACGACGUCCUCGUGCAGCAGCGCAAAUUCGUACAGUUACGGUAGUCCACCGGAGGAUGACCUCAGUGUCGAUUCUCUUUUCAGCAGUCUUCUGCAGGCCGUUAACAGCAGAAACUUUGGUUCGAAUUGCGACGUGACGAAUCCAUCGGGCGAAAGUUUUAACGUUUCAAAAUGUGCCGUCGACUGCAUCGAUCCACUCUGCGACAACUGCAUCAGUGUUCGCCAGAAUCGUGGGGACGUGAACCAUUUUAUCGAGCAUUUUGGAUCGUUGCAACGAGGUGCGUUCGAAAUAUCGAAUAGUCCACCCCCCUCAGGAGCAGUAGCAUCGAUGUUACAACCGAUCGGUACUCCAUCGUCGUCGGGUUCGCCAAUUUCUUCACCCCGAAAGUACUUGUGCGAGAUUCAUCAUGAGACACAAGCUCUAUGGUGCCUGACUUGCAGUCGUACAUUUUGCGGGGAAUGUUGCAUGAAUCUUCAUCACAGUCACGUGACGAUGCUUCUAAUGGAAGCGCUCGAAGGAGCCGGUGUACAAGCGCACAAAGUGAUGAGCGAAGCAAGAGUCGGGAUUAAUUCACUCCGCGAGGACCUCGAGGCUGUACAAAUGGCUGCGGAGACCCUCGAGCAAAAAGCAAGAGAAGCUUCCUCGGACGUCAUGCUUUGCGUCAGACGCGUUGCUUCCGCUCUUGAAUCACGAGAGAAAGAAUUGUUGGGCAGAAUCGAGAAAGCAAGGGUCGCCAAAUUCGCUUCCCUCAAGAUUAGAGACGAGGGCUUGAGAAACGGAAUUGUCAGACUUUCCAAAGUGGUUGAUAAACUCGGAGCAGUCAUGGACGCGUCGACCAUCGCUACAAACCCGUUGGAUCUUCUAGUCACCAAAGACAUGGCUUCGGCGGAGGUUUUCCUUCAGGUAUUUCAGAUUUAUCAAAAUCGACAGAAUCUUCCGCCAACGGAGGAAAACUGGAUUUCCUUUUCGGGACCGGAAGGGAAUGUGUUGCAGGCGAUCGCGAAUUUUGGCUCAAUAAUGGUAAACAAUCCAGGACCGAUCGGUGAUCGGCGCGCUGUCAGAGGUCGGGGGGGUUCGCCACAGCAAAAUUUAUGCCAAAACGUUCAGGUCGCGCCGCGCAGCCCCGUACCCCGUGGGCGACCAAUCGCGCUAAAUAGCUUUCCCGUAACGGUCAGAAACGGAAGAAACGUACCCCCGUUGCACAAAUCCGUCAAGGUAAUCGGCACCAAUGCCGACCCUCAAGAGAACCUUUGCCGACCUUGGGGAGUCGCUUGCGACAAAGACGGUCACAUUAUCGUCGCCGACAGAUCGAACAAUCGGAUAAAAAUUUAUCGGGAGGACGGUAGCCUCGUCAAACAAUUUGGAUCUCACGGCAGUGGACCCGGACAAUUCGACAGACCGGCUGGAAUUACCGUCGAUGCUAGAAAACGAAUUAUCGUUGCUGACAAAGAUAAUCACCGAAUUCAAAUACUCACGAUGGAGGGACUGUUCCUGCAAACAUUCGGGGAGAAAGGCUGUCGCUGCGGGCAAUUCAAUUAUCCAUGGGACGUCGCCGCAAAUACAGAGUGCCAAAUAGUCGUCUCGGACACGCGCAAUCACCGGGUUCAAUUGUUCAGCGCUGAGGGAGUAUUCCUGAGAAAAUAUGGAUACGAGACGACGCCCAGCAUGUGGAAGCACUUUGAUUCCCCGCGAGGGGUAGCUUUCAAUCCAGAGGGUAAUGUCGUUACAACGGACUUCAACAAUCAUCGCGUCGUCGUAAUCGAUUCCGACUUUUUCAACGCAAAGGUACUCGACUGCGAUACUACCGGGGGUGUUAAACAAUUUUUGAGGCCACAGGGAGUGAUAAUUGACGACGAAGGUAAUUUAGUCGUAGCCGAUUCGCGAAAUCACAGAAUUCAAGUAUUCGACUCGGCUGGCGCGUUAAAAUGGAAAUUCGGCACUCAUGGUAACGGGCCUCAAGAGAUGGACAGGCCGUCCGGUAUCGCCUUGACUCCAAGCGGAAAAAUAGCGGUCGUCGAUUUCGGCAAUAACCGCGUUUUGUUGAUUUAAAUAUUCGUCAAACGAUCCAUCCCGCCCAACAUGGGGCGUCUAUUUAUCUUAAUUUCCCAAAGAAUCGAGUUUUCCUCACGAUCAAAGUAUUUUUAACAGCCCCGCGAUCCUUCGUAAGAAAGUAAUACGAAAGCCGCGACGGCUCGUUUGUGUUUUACUUUUAUUUUUAUAUCAUUUUUUCUUUUGACAAAUCAAAAAGACGGAUUCGUUGACGCGAAUCGAAUUGUUCGUUAUUCGCUCCGGCCGCGCGAGCAAUAACCUCUGUCGUCGAUUUUUCUUCAUUUUAAUACGGAGACGCAAGGCCCGAAUGACGGAUUUACGUGAGAAACAGAAAACGGCCAUAUUUUCUUACCGAAUGUAAAUAAGAUCUUUUCGCGUAGCACCGUCGACGGAUCGAACAAUCAUGCACCGACGAAUCACCGAUUCGUUUCACUCGUCAUAGAACGAACAAUUACGUUUCAAGAAAAAUUUUCGAGACGGCUAGUAAGCUUCGGAUAAACGUACCAUUAAGGAAAAAAAAAACAAAUACAAAAACAAAAACUUUCCGUCGUUAGUGAUAGUUACGAUAGUUUCGACGUUUAUUUCUCUUUUUACCAAGUCAAAUUAUGAUAAAUGGUUUUGAGUUCUUGACGGCGCACAGGACAGCUCUCGGUCAAUAGUGAGAUAUUGCAAUGGAAUCAUUCAUUUUGCAGAAUAAUAAGAACGUUUUGUUCCCUCUAACAGAACUGACGCAUACUUCCAACUAGCAUUCACAAAAUCCUUAAAUUAGAAGAUUAGACAUCGGUGUAUAGCUACCGGAGUAUAUCGGGAUCGAGUAACGAGGAGAAGAAAGAACCUGUAUAAUUUUGUGAAAUUUUGUGUCUUUGUGUCUUCCUCCCUCCUCUAACACUACUCGCGAGUAUCAACUAAUUUAUUAGAAGCUCGUAUCUCGCGUGGACGGGGGGAAGAGAAGGAAUGCUCUCCAUUGAAAAUGCUCUCUUAAUAGAAUCUUGGACGAUUCAUUACUAUAUAUCUAUUGAUUGACGCGAUCGAUGAUUUUUUCACAUCCAAAUUAAAUUAAGACUGAACCGCAAGACUGAACCUUAAUGAAAAGAGAGGAUAAACGAAGAAUAGGGUUUAAAACAAUACAUUUCGAACGAAAAGACAUUUGAACAAAAUGAAAAAAUGAAAAAAAAAAAAAAAACAAAAACAAAAAAAAAACAAAAA